AUAGAAGCGGAAGGGAUAGGGGUGAUCUAGAGGUUUAUAAAUCUGUUUUCAUACCUAUUCCAGACUUGCAAGGAUAUCGGUCAAGUGGGCCAAUUCUUACACCAGAUCAUGAGCCACCUAUGACUUUUGAAGAUUUUAUUGCAAUUGUUGAUUCGGUAAAAGCUGCAAUAAUAUCUAAUGUUCAACCAACCAGAAUCAGGCAAGGUUCUUCUGGUUCGUAUUUUUGUCGUGAUAAAGAUGGUAACGUGGUAGGUGUUUUUAAACCUAAAAACGAAGAACCGUAUGGUCAGUUGAAUCCUAAAUGGACAAAAUGGAUCCAUAGAAAUCUAUUCCCUUGUUUCUUUGGUAGAAGCUGUUUGAUCCCUAACCUUGGUUAUAUUUCAGAAGCUGCUGCCUCACUACUUGAUCGUCAACUACAAUUAAACAUUGUUCCAAGAACAGAAGUUGUAUGGAUUUCAUCUCCUUCGUUCCACUACGACUACUUGGAUCGUCGUGCUGCUCGUUCUAAAAACCAUUAUAAACCAUUACCCGAAAAAAUUGGUAGUUUUCAAAUAUUUUUAAGUGGUUAUAAAGAUGCCAAUAUAUUUUUAAAGGAACAUCCAUGGCCUGAAUUUGAUGAUUCGAUUGGAAAUAACGGAUAUUCUUCACAAGAUAACGGUGUUGAUGAUGAGUACUUGAAUGAAUCUUAUCAUUCUAAAAAAAGAUUUUUUUGGACUAAAUCACUUCAAAUUCAAUUCAGAGAACAAUUUGGAAAAUUAGUAAUUUUGGAGAAACAUCGGUAA